AUGCCUCUUUCCUCGUUCGUUUCUGGUGCUCUUCGCUUGCAUACCGUCUAUUCGACUGCCUGUCCUAGAGCAUCCCUUAUCCGUUCUUCUCUCCUUGUUACGAUUCGUUCUGUUUGCGUACUUAUGACGCUGGGUCGAAGAUUAAUUCAGGAUCUUUUUGAACGACCUCGCCGAGAAGGCUCUGGGCAGAGUACCGCGACUGUUAACGAAGAAGUACAGAAAGCACAUCAACCUGCAACAGAGAGUAACUAUCGGUUGGCCCCGGCACUCUGGGAACAGCAAGCUCACUCUUCGACUCAAAACGCUACUCCGAACGGCAUAAAGGCGUCCAAAGACUUGGUCAAUACGAUUGCCUAUGGAGUCGAGGGCAAGAACUUCACUGUCGACUGGCAUGAGAACAUACAGGAGAGUAUGACUCUUCCGAUCUUGAACUCCGUCCAUGUCCUUUUACAAGAAGAAUUAGGAUUCAGCUCAACGCAUUCACCUCAGCUAGAUGGGUGA